AGUAUGCUGCUAUGGCUGUUGCAGAAACUUCGCGGCAGUCGCCCCAGGUUGCGCGUGUGUGUGCGUCAACACGCCAGCUCGCAAUGUUCCGCGUUCUACAUAACAGCUGAUGACGAUGUGCUGUUGCAAACCGCGGAAGAAGUGCAUCUGCCCAAACUCCUCAAGCCUGAGUUUGGAGGUGGCUACAAGGAGUUCACAGUUCGCGACAUGCACUGUUUCCAAAAGGGUUCCUCAGCGGCCGAGCUACUAAACUCACAAGAGCGUGGGGCGUUGGUGAAACAUGUAUUGGAGUCGGCGCGCGCAGAACCGGGCGAUGAGCAUGCUUUGGAACCGGCGCUGACGCUGCGGCCUGGACAGAGCAUCGUGCCAGCAUGCGUGAGCAGAGGUGUGGUGGCCAGUAUGUUCCCACUUCACGAACGGAACGCGCUGGAAAACCUUAGGAAGAAGUGGGUCAAGACUUUCUUCUCUCCACAACCUUUAGAUGAAAUUAGCGAAUACUUUGGAGUAAAAAUAGCGAUGUACUUUGCUUGGCUCGGACAUUACACACAAUCGUUAACAGUACCUGCAGUAGUUGGUUUUAUUUUUUGGAUUUGGUUGGGCACAGCAAAUGAAAACUGGAAGGAUAUAGCUUAUGUAUUAUUCUCACUGUUUAAUGUGCUGUGGGCUUGUGUUUAUUUGGAGACGUGGAAAAGAUACUCCAACGCUUUGGCUUACAAGUGGGGCACAUUGGACCAAAGAGAUGACUUGCUUGUUGAGCCUCGACCCCUUUUCGAGGGUGAAAUGGGUACAAGCCCUGUAACAGGGAGGCCAGAGCCCCAAUACGCUGCGUGGCGACGACGCGUGUGGCGCCACUGUGUGUCGUUGCCAGUGAUGCUAGUAUGCCUUAGUGUGGCCACUGUGGCCACCUUCGCCUUUCUGCGGGCUCAGGAUUGGUGGGAAACUAGGAUAGUAUAUUUCACGUGGAUACCACGGGCAUUUCUAGCCAUAAUUAUCGCAGUCGAGGAAGAAGUGUACGCCCGGAUAGCAAGAUGGCUCAACGAUAAAGAAAACUAUCGUCUCGAGACAAAGUAUGAAAAUCACCUGAUUGUGAAAAUUGCAUUGUUUCAAUUCGUGAACUCUUUUAUGAGCUUGUUCUACAUCGCGUUUUAUAUUCAGGAUAUGGAUAAGUUAAAAGAGCAACUAGCAGUGUUGCUAAUAACGCGACAAGUGAUAGGAAAUCUGAAGGAAUCGGCUUUGCCGUAUCUUAUUGAGAAUUUGAGGUUGGCGAAGAUUUGUAUCGACGUUUUCGGAGCCUUAAGUCCCAGUAAAGUGCCAACAUCAGCACAGCUAACAGAGAUGUUCGACAAAAAAACGGACUCUUCAGGAGACGCGCCCGAGAAUAGUCUGAUCAACGGCACCGACCCUGAUCGAAGGGAUUCUGAACCCAUCGUCGGGCAGAAGGUCAUACAUCAGGCCGAGCUGGAGUCGCAGCUGUUUAAGUACGAAGGCACUUUCGCGGAGUACCUCGAAAUGCUGACGCAACUCGGCCACGUAGUUCUCUUCUCAUCUGCCUUUCCCUUGGCGGCGCUGUGCGCUCUACUUAACAACGCGGCGGAGGUGCGAGCGGACGCGUUCAAACUGUGCCACGUGGCGCAGCGGCCCUUCGGCGAGCGGAUCAGCAACAUCGGCAGCUGGCAGCACGCAAUGGAAGCGAUGGUGGGCGUGGCGGUGCUGGUGAACUGCGCGCUCAUCGGGCUCUCGGGGCCCGUGCACCGCCUGCUGCCCGGCGCCGCGCCCGCGCACUCCGUGCUGCUCGUCGUGGCGUUGGAGCACGUGAUCCUGGUGGUGGUGCUGGCGCUGCGCAUGGCCAUCCCGGAGAUCCCGGCGUGGCUGGCCACCGAGAUGGCCAAGGUCGAGUUCCAGAGAAGGGAGGCCAUUAAGAAUGCCCACGCGCCGCUGUUGUCGGAGUGCGCGAGUUCAGAUGACGUGCGAACGCCGGCACGCAGCACGCCACGUGCUACGCCCACCACGCCACGGAACACAGAUCGUCCGAAAUCGCCUAUGGCUCCUGGCAACAAAAUCAACAUUGGAAAAAUACCAGAAAUUCCGCCUUUCAGGCCUAAAGCGGCGUCCAUAACGGAACCGGUCACAACUGGGUCUUUGCAAAUGCUGCAGGAUGUUAGCCCUACUAAGCCUAUACGACGCAAGGUGGUACCGGGUGCUCCGCUAUCGCUCCUCGGAGUGAGAGGCCUCCGCGACGAGCCACUGCACCGCUCGGCGCACUGCAUCCCGCACCCCGCACAGCACCGCCCGCUGGUCAACCCCACGCUGCAGGAGCUGUCAGGCAGCGUGAGCGCGGGUGGUUCUGAGCCGGACUUGAACGCGGUACCUUCCACAAUCGACAUCAGUGCUACUUCCAGUGAGGACGACAAGCCUAAGGAUAAAGGAAGUCGGUCGCGCGCCAAAGCUGCACUAGUAAAGCGCGUGCGUUCAGUGGCAGUGUUCUCUCUUGGACUGCGUAAAGCGCGUGAAGCACAUGCAGCAGCUGAAAGGCCCGCUCGCACGCCCGCUACGCCCGAUAAGCAGGCCCCGCCCGCGCCGAUGCUAGGCGGCGAACUGUCCCUCAUUCCCAUCGAGCAACUCAUACAAGUGGAGGACGUCAAGCCACGCCCCACGUAAACUUUUAUAUGUAUCUCUACCACAAACUACGUAUGUAUUAAAAUUACCUAGUAUGUUCUGUUAUUCGAAGAAAAUAAUUUACUUCUUUCACGAAGGAUAAACACUUUAAUACAGCUGGAAAUGGUAACCACGCCCCCCGUAAAAUUUUGUAUCUGUCUUCUACCACAGACUACGUAUGUUAUGAUGCAGUCAUAUUAGAAGGAGCCAGCAUAUUAAAGAAAAUAAUUUACCUCUUUCUGAUUGUUGACAACUGGAUCGUAUACGUGUUCGCUAACCCUUGAAUUAAAAUGUGUUUAUUAUUUAAUGCUGGCAACGCCAGAAUAAAAUGUAGCAUGUGGCAAUUACUACACCACUGAAGGCAAUUACUAUACUGGUAAAACUGAAAUAAAAAUAGAACCGACGUCUAUUUAAGGCAUGGACUAAUCUUAGAUAGAGUAGAUUGUAAAAUGUACUAAACAUUUUUUAUUGUCGCUGUUGGUUGUAUUUGUAGCUAAACGUAAUGUACCAAAGAGUUUAUCUAUAUUUGUUUAACUUAGGUAAUAGCUUUUUUCUAGUUAAUACGAAGAAGUUUUUAGAAAUGAAAGAAAAGUUGAGAAGUUCUACUGUUGAAAUUUGGGAUUAACAAUUUUUACAGUGUUGGUCCUACCAAUGGUUUUUUGUGUUAUUUUUUGUCAGCUAUCGUUAUGAUAACAAAUAUUUGACAGUUCUAUGUGAUAAAGAAUGAGAAGUAUGUCAUAAUUCGGUUAUGAUGUGGCUUUUGAAUAUUUUCUACGAUUUCGACGUGUUUUUUGAAUGUUGAAGUUUUUCGUUUAUCAUCAAAAUCGUUGUUAUUUCAAGCUUGUCAUUGAAGCAAUCAUCCGACAAUAAUUUCACUUUGUAUUGAUUUGCAUAUGUUUGGCCAGUUUGGGAUGGCGUAUGACCAGCUCCAUCUGGCCAGACUGUAAAUAAACUAGUAGGUAGUUAACUAAUAUCUUACCACUAGAGAUGUGCUGAUCCCGGGAAUAUUUUAGACACAGAAAACACUGUGCUAUGCCUCAACUAUUCAAACUUAUUUCGCAGAGUGAGUUGGGUAUUUUCUACAUUUUACGUCACUGUCCACAGUUAUUGUUUUUAAAGUUGUUAAAAAACAACGAAUCAAAUGUAAAAUAAAGAGCAUAUUUUCAGCUUACUAAAUGAACUACAAAGUUAUUGAGGUGACGCAAAAAUUGCUUAAGAUUCAGUCAAACCAUCAGCCGACGUGCAGCGAUGGCGAUCAAUGCAUUUAACACUCGUAUUCACAAACGAUUCCUGCUUAAGUGAAGCAGCAAAUCGAACGCACAGCGUUGAAUAGAGCUCUGCGAUUGGUUAGUGUGUCACCCUGUGGGUCUACGCGCACUGCGAUGAGACCUCAUAGUAAUGUUUGUGAAUACGGGCGUAAGUCUGGUCGCCAUCGCUGCACGCCGGCUGAUCGCGUGUGAUCGCGUUGGUUUGGCCGAACCUUUAGUCCUGAAUAUUCCCAGUCUAUGGUAACAUUCCCAGGAAUAUUCGCAACUCUAAUAAUGUUCCCGGUAACGACCUAUCUCUAUACCACUAUCUUUCUUAACACGGCUAGAUUUUCACUUUCCCUCAUCUUAUAGGCUAAGGUUCAUCAGGUUACAUGACAUAACUAUGUGUUCUUUUAGAAACACUCAAUCAGAACUUGUAAAAGGAAAUUAAAACAACUAAAAACAUAACCCUCUUUCUGGCGCAGUCGGAUAAUAAGAUGUGAUUAACGAUAUCGCAAAAUAUGUAUACAGGGUGUCCCAAAAAGUAGUGUCAGCCGAAGCCCAGAGGUUCGGGUUGCCCUAGUGAUGCUCUACUUCUGGGUUUCGGCUUGACACUGCUUUUUGGGACACCCUGUAUUUUCUAUAUCGCCGCCUCGGAUCGUUUUCUAAUAUCACGUGACCCGUAAAUUUAAAAUGUUCGGCUUUAUUUUUAUGUCGACAGAAAAGUAGUCCGUUGAGUUUACAUGUUUUCAUGUGUGUAUGUCGCAUACACUGUGGAAAUAACCUUGUAUGACCAGAAAGGAGGUGAUCUGGAGUUAAAAUAUUAAAAAAAAAACUUUUUGUAUGGAAACCAUACACGCAAAAAAACUUGUAUGACCAGAAAGGAGGUGAUCUUGUUAAAAUGUUUAAAAAAACUUUGUAUGGAACCCAUACAUACCCAAAAUAAAUUCGAUUUCAUAGCCACCAAUUAGUGUCUUUCAUUGAUUUAUAAAAUGAUGUCAUGUAGCCUAAUGAUUAUCAUGAUGUUACGAAAUUUUAGAAGUGAAGACGUUAAAAAUCCCACGAAUAUGUAUAAUACGGGAAUUUUUAAAGUGAAACAAUGCGUUCUCAUUUCUAGAAUAUCGACAUUAGAAAUUGUUAUACAAUUAAAAAAUAGUUUAGUAAAAUAUUGGCGCAAACCUAUUCGCAAAGAGGCAGCUCCUAUACUCAAAAUAAUGUACGUCGUUUUUAAACGUUGCCAUCGCUUUAAUAAUUUCUUAAAAAUGCUAUAUUUUCUGAAUUCUGUUUAUAUUGCUCAAUCGAAUCUGUACUAUACAAAUUCAGUCAAUUACUAUACAUAGUCUUAAAUUGUUGCAUAAAAUGGUAUUGAGGGCUCCAAUUGGUAAAUCAGUGAAGCAAUAAGCAUUUUCUUAAUUAUUAUUGAGUUUGAUUCUGAUAUACUAAUUCAAACUAGAAAAUAUUAAAAUCAAAACUUUUUUUAGCGUGGCCUGUUUAUAGGUCGCGUAGCAAAAGUUGAAUCGAAAACGGCACUCAUACUAAUUUAUAAAUUUUGAAUACAGAACACACAACACAUAAUCGUUCAAAUAUCGAGUAGCACUAGCUCCCUCGAUCUUGUUGAAUGUGUGCAAGAGAGAUAGAAAGCACUUUUCAGUUAGAAAGACAUCAGCACGACUAGCGUAUACAGUACAGAUACAAUAAUAUUUGCUUGUGUUAAUCGUCUCAACUCGCGCUGCGCGACCUAUAACACGAUUACAAGUAAAACGUCAUUAAAUAUUCGUACGUAUGUAUCAAAAUCAAGCUCAAUAUUUAUUUAUACCUAUUAAAUUAUUUUAAGUAAACGAAAAAGGGAACGAACAGAAAGUUGAAUUAAAUUAUCAGUAUUUGAAUUUGUGAAUAACGAACUAUUUUUUUUACUUUUAGUGUGUAUUUAAUAUUUGUAAGUUAUUUCUUAGAUUUAGUUAUAUUAUUAUUAGUCGUAUUAAUAGUUAUUUGAGGGAACUCAAUAGUUUGUGGAUAAGCAUAUUAUGACUUAGUUUUAUUGUAUUUGCCAUUUAUGUGUCUUUUAGUAGGUAUAAACACUGAAUUAGCCAACUUGUAUAGCUAUACUAAAGAAUAUUUUAACAAUGUUAUUCAUAACAUGACAAAAGGAUGUUAAUUUUUCAGUUGUGAGGAACAAAAUAUUUUUUAUUUAUGAGAAUUUUGUUUCUCUGGUUAACUACAAAACAAGUAUUCUGAUCCUGAGAGAAAUGUAAUGUUAUUAGUCUUUAAGCUAGUUUUAGUUUGAAUCCAACAUUUAGUAUCCAGGUACCCGAUAAUACAGUUUUAUUCCCCCUUUUUCUAAACAGUCACAUAAGAUGCUAUAAGAUCUUUGUAACAGUAUACUUAGACACAAGAACAUAGCAAAAGCACAUUAAUAUUGUUCUUAACUUUUUAUCUCAAUUUUGAUCUAUGGUUUAUAGAUCUACUUUUUGGCUACUUUGGGUGUCAUGAACUAUUUAUCGUUGACUAUAACUACCAAUAAAACCGAUUUAACAAAAUCUCUCUUCAAACUCAGCAUCUUCUUCAUAUGUGAUUGAUCAGUUUUUUUAAUUCGAUAUGAUAUGGCCAUGAUAAUUAUACCAAAACCGGUGUUGUUGUUUAACUAUAGUUAUUUAUACGAUAGGAUACCCAGCUUAAUAAUUCGAGAGCAAUAAUUAAAAUCGGUUUGUUAUAUAAAUUAUGUAACUGUCUUAGUGUUAAAAUAUUAGUUGCUAUAUCGUGAUGUUAUCUUCUGUAAAUUAUCUAUUCUUUAGCCAAGGUUUUUACACUAAGAGAAAGGAAAACGGGCAUGUGUUGAACUGGAUAUCCAUAGAUAGUACUAAAUAUACCCUAAAGCUGCUUUGAAAAAUUUAAUAACUAAAUUCAGUAAAAAAAGCUGGCAAAGCGUCCGAAACUCUUUCGGUAUUGUGGAAUACAAUAACCAGUUGAUGCGUGCACUUUAUCCCUUCUUAUUACAAGUACAGUAUGUAAAAUACACCAUACAAAUACCUUAUCCAAAUGGGAUGCUGUUAUGAGACCAAACUCGAAAUAGUAAACGACCGAUCAGUUGUAACAUCUUUGAGUAUGAUUAGAUUAGAGAUAUCUUUGAUUUUUUUUAGAGUAAAUAAAGUUAUAUUUAAGAACAGAAUCAUCCCAUUCGGAUCGUUUCAGCCAGGAUUUUUGCAUACUGUUUUAAACAGGCCUUCUGCCAUCUAUGUAGAACAUGAUAAUACAAUUUUGGAGCUACUUACCUACAUUCUCGACCCUAUGAUUCUUGGCUGUUGAACUAAAAACAAAUGUUGUGUGAUAAAAAUUUGUAUGGACGCUUCGUUCUAGCAUUGUCGUAGCAGAUCGAAUAUUUGUUGUUACGUACUUAUUUUUUAUACGAGGUAUUGAUGAACGUUGCAUU